AUGGUGCAAGAACAGCCUCAGGUAGACGUUGCGGGACCAGAUGAGGUGUCACCAUUACUGGUACCCGACUUAGAGGGCUUGGAGACGGCUGUGGAGCAUACAGGGGAAGCAAUAUUUGAGCAAACAGUCGAUGAGCCCGACACCAAUGAAGCGCGAUGGUUCAAGGAAAAUCAGUUGCACCAUUCGCAUCUUGGAUGGCGUAAACCAGGCGUGAAGAUCCUUUGUUUUGCAAUCGGACUGGUCACGAUUACAGAAAGCUUAGUGAUUUCGCCCACGAUCGUUAUGUCAGUCAAAAAGAUCUGCGAAGUGUCGUCGCAGGAUGGAGUUUGCGACAUGCCACAGGCCCAAAAGGAGUUUUCUACAAUCCAAUCCACACAGCUGUUGCUGUCUGGAAUCAUAGGCACGCUUUUGGCGGGUAAGUUGGGCGAGCUUUCGGAUAGAGUGGGCAGGAAGCCCAUUCUGCAAUACAUUGGGUUCGUGCGAAUGCUGUCCAUCGCGUCUGUGCUGUACACGAUAUUGCCCCGUACGCCGUUUUCCAGGACCGGCAUGGUGCUAGCCAAUAGCGUCAUGUCCACCUCUGGCGGAUUGUUGGUUCUCAUUUCCACGGGGAACAGCUACAUUGCGGACUGUACCGAACCAGCGUCGCGCACCUUGGCUAUCAGUUAUCUGAUGAGUACGAUUUACGGAACCAUGGGUACCGGGCCGCUGAUCGGGUCUGCAGUGGUCAAGCUGUCCAACAACAACAACUAUGCGCCGUUCUUCGUCGCGCUCGCCGUGCUUGUGGGGUACACCUUGUUUGUUACCCUUGGUUUGACAGAGUCUCGCCAUGCGCAGGCGCUCACAGACAGCCAGACCAAGUUUCGGGACCGCCGUCGCAGUUUCGAAAGCAUUUUGUCCAACAACUCUGCCAGCACUGUUAACAACCGCAGUCGUUACCACUUUGUCAUGUUUUUGGACCUGCUUUCGCCUCUUAAGAAGUUGUGGCUGCCACCAUCCGUCCACGGCUCUUACGUGGCUCGACGCAGCGUGCUAACGCUGGUAGCAAUGGAUGCAUCUUUUAUGGUGUCGACUGCGGCCAUGGUUGGUCCUCUGGUGCUAUACAGCUCUUACAAGUACAACUGGGGCUCCGUAACGCUAGGGUACUUUAUCUCGCUUGUGGGAAUUGGCAGGACGAUUGUUCUUCUGGUUCUGUCUCCUUUGCUGCUUGUAUGGCUUAAGAAACGGCACACCCGGCUCGACAACUCGAUUGAUUCAAUUGAUCUGAUUUCUAUGCGCAUAGCAAUGGUCGCCGUGGUGCUGUCGAUAGGUGUGGCCGCAUGGGGCGACCAACGUGGGUACUCGAUGAUUCUUUUCGCUUUUUUUCAGGACCUCAGUGCAAUUUUCUCGCCCACGGUGCAGGCGACCGUGGUGAAGUACUGUUCGAAGUCUUCGCUGGGCGAAGUUUUCGGCGCCAUUGCGCUGGUUCGGAGUGCCACCAUGCUGAUCUUCCCACCGAUUUUCUUCCAAAUCUACGGCCACACUGUCAAGAAACAGCCCAAGAUAUUCAUGAUUUUGCCAUUUUGUUCUGCGAUUUUCUCCGUAGCUCUGUCCUAUAUGCUAGACGUUGUCACCGACUGCGAGAUUUUGCGUAGGCCAUCACAAAUCUCGCUCAGACCGGCUUCUGCGGGCUCCGAUGCCGUGUCUGUGAAGCCCGGUGACAGACGGGCGUCUACGUCGCAAACGUUGCGCGUGCCUACAUCUAGAAACGGAGAGUCCGCUCCAAGUACAAGAAUGUCGGGCUCAGUAGGCAAUUAA